CCGGAUCUCCACAAGAUGAAGACUGUACUGUUGGUGCUGGCUAUCGUUGGUCUUGCCGCCACAGCACAAGCACUUCACUACACGGCCUACAAAACUAAGGUGUCCUUUUUCGAAGCCUGGCAGCAGUGUAUAGUGAAGGGAGGCAGUCUGGUAUCGAUCGAGACGGCUUAUCAGAAUAGUAUGGUGCUGAAAACAAUAAAAAAUGCUGGAGCGGAUGGCGGCUGCUGGUUGUCGGGUACGGACAUUGGCCUGGAAGGGUCGUGGGUUUGGCUGUCCAAUAACAAGCCAAUCGGCAAUGUCAACGGAUACGUCAACUUCAACGUAGGAGAACCAAACAAUGCGGCCAGUGGUGGUGAACAUUGUCUCACAAUGAACUUCGAUGGUUCCUGGAACGAUGAAGUGUGUGGUAGAUUGCUAUAUUAUGUGUGUGAAUUUUAUACCCCUUUAUAG